AACGUGAGCAAGCUCUUUUUCACGAAGAAACAUGUUGUCGAAGGGGAUCACAGAGACAGAGGCAACAGCAGCAGAGCAACAAGUCUAACUUUUACAUCAAGAGCCGCACACCGCACGCACGAGUCGUUCCAUUGCCACGAUCAAAGGGACGGAAGUGUUUCAUGCGUGGAGAGUGCAUAUUAUUUCAUACUAUCUAGAAAACAUGAACUUGAACUGCGAGUUGCUAUUUGACUUCAGCAUCUACAGUGAUUCUUGAGGUGGAACAUGGCAAGGGGGAUGAAGGGAGCUCAUCCCGCCGCUUUAUUAUGUACUUUCACGCUCUUGCUUUGGGGGGACGUUUACGCGCAACUGUCUUUUAACGAAAUAACGGGGUUUAGUUUGAGUCCUCCGUACUUCAACCUCGCAGAGGGGUCACGGAUCUCCGCCACCGCAACGUGCGGUCAAGAUGAAACCGGGAGACCGAGAUCGGAUUUGUACUGUAAACUUGUCGGAGGACCUACAUUCGGACUUCCUAGUCAAACCAUACAGGGACAGUAUUGUGACCGAUGCAACUCCAAUGAGCCAAACAAGGCCCACCCAGUGAGCAACGCCAUCGAUGGCACCGAGCGCUGGUGGCAGAGCCCACCUCUCUCCCGUGGACCCAAGUACAAUGAGGUUAACGUCACCUUGAACCUCGGACAGCUCUUCCAUGUGGCCUACGUCCUCAUCAAGUUUGCCAACGCCCCGCGGCCUGACCUGUGGGUCCUGGAACGCUCCCUGGAUCAUGGGAAAACAUACGCUGCAUGGCAGUACUUUGCUCAUUCUAAAAGGGAGUGCAUUGAGAGGUUUGGCAAACAACCGAAUGGACGCAUAGUUCGAGAUGACGACCAGAUCUGCACCACAGAGUACUCAAAGACCGUCCCAUUGGAGAACGGAGAGAUUGUGGUGUCCCUGGUCAACGGUCGCCCAGGCUCUAAGAACUUCACUUAUUCUCCAGUGCUGAGAGAUUUCACCAAAGCCACCAACAUCCGCCUGCACUUCCUCAGGACCAGCACUCUGUUGGGGCACCUCAUCUCCAAGGCCCAGAGGGACCCCACUGUCACACGCAGGUAUUACUACAGCAUCAAAGACAUCAGUGUCGGAGGACGCUGCGUUUGUCACGGCCAUGCACAGGUGUGUGGGGGACGUAACCAAGGCAACCCAAAUCGGCUGCAGUGCGAGUGCAAACACAACACCUGUGGUGAGUCAUGUGACCGGUGCUGUCCAGGGUUCAACCAGAAGCCAUGGCGGGCCGCGACGACAGACAGCCCCAACGAGUGCCAACCCUGCCAGUGCCAUUCACAUGCCACUGAGUGUUAUUACGACUCAGAGGUGGAGCAGAGGGCAGCAAGUUUAGACACCUUCGGCAGUUACAACGGCGGAGGAGUGUGUAUCACAUGCCAGCACAACACGGCGGGGGUGAACUGUGAGCUUUGUGCUGAUGGAUUCUACAGACCCCAUGGAGUACCUCCACAGUCUCACAGUGGAUGUAUACCCUGCAGGUGUGAUGCGAGGACUACUGCAGGUUGUGAGAUUGGGACAGGACGCUGUCGAUGCCGGCCAGAAUUCACGGGAAACAACUGUGAACGCUGUGCAGAUGGUUACUAUGGCUACCCGCAGUGCAUCAGAUAUCCAAUCUAUCAGCCCACCACUAAAUCUCCUGCAGGCCAUAUAGUGGGGCCCACUGCCUGCCCUGCUGGUUAUUUCGGACCACCCAGCUGUCAACAGUGUUUGUGUGAUCGACGCGGAUCAGUUCUGGAGCUGUGUGAUGCGUCAGGGCGCUGCAUGUGCCGUGAAGGGGUGGAGGGCCAGCGAUGUGACCGCUGUCGACCAGGACACCACACCUUCCCUAAUUGCCAAGUGUGUCGUUGUGACGGUGCAGGUGUGACUGACAGAGUCUGCGGGCCCAACAGACAGUGCCGUUGCCGUGCCAACUACAUAGGACAGCAAUGUGACCAGUGUGCCCCCGGUUACUAUGGAUACCCAGACUGUUCCUUCUGCCAGUGUUCUGGGGAGGGUUCCUAUGACCCCAUGUGUAACCCAGUAUCAGGCCAGUGUCUGUGUCGCCCUGGGGUGGUGGGCCAGCAGUGUGAUCGUUGUGCUGGGUCAGGCCUCCGCUUUCCCCAGUGUUCAGUGACAGUGUGUCGUUGUGACGGUGCAGGUGUGACUGAUAGAGUCUGCGGGCCCAACGGACAGUGCCAUUGCCAUGCCAACUACGUGGGACAGCAAUGUGACCAGUGUGCCCCUGGUUACUAUGGAUACCCAGACUGUGCCACCUGCCAGUGUUCUGGGGAGGGUUCCUAUGACCCCAUGUGUAACCCAGUAUCAGGCCAGUGUCUGUGUCGCCCUGGGGUGGUGGGACAGCAGUGUGAUCAUUGUGCUGGGUCAGGCCUCCGCUUUCCACAAUGUUCAGCCUUUAUCAGCCAGUGUAACCCAGCAGGGUCAGAGGUCACCACAGCAGAUCCACAAACGGGUUCCUGUGGCUGCCUGCCCAAUGUGGAUGGAACCCUGUGUGAUACAUGUAAACCGCUCUACUGGAACCUAGCAACAGAGAACCCCAGCGGCUGUAUAGAGUGUCACUGUGAUGUCAAAGGGACCCUGAGUGGGGUAGGAGAGUGUCAACAGAAAAGUGGGCAGUGUUUCUGCAAGCCCAAUGUGUGCAGCCAUACCUGUGACACAUGCAAGGAGGGCUACUACCUGCUGCAGAAGAGGAACUAUUUUGGCUGUCAAGGCUGCCAGUGUGAUGUGGGUGGGGCCAUCAGCAGAGGGUGUGACGAGAUGUCUGGACAGUGCCAGUGUCGGAAGAACAUAGUGGGCCGCACCUGCAAUGAGCCAGCGCCUAACUACUACUUCCCCAGCUUGCACCACGUGAGGUAUGAGGUGGAGGAUGGCAUCACCCCUAACGCCAGGCCUGUACGCUUCGGCUACGACCCCCAGGAGUUCCCAGAAUUCAGUUGGAGAGGAUAUGCCAUCAUGUCCCCAGCACAGCCAGAGGUGAUCUUAUCGCUAGCUGUGGGUUUCCCCGGCCCCUUCCACAUAGUGUUUCGCUACAUCACCCCUACCCCCCUCAGGCCCACACAGGGGUGGCGGCACAGGGGGCGAGUCCGAGCCAGGAUCUUGGUGGUGGACGAGCCUGGUUUUCACUCUUGCUGUGACUGGUCAGGUCAGAGUAAGGAAGUGGUGUUUCCUCCUAGCGCCUCCCCUGCCUAUCUCACAGUCCCUGGGGAUGGCUUCGCUGAGCUCUUCUCUCUGACACCUGGGAAAUGGAUCAUACGCAUCCGGGCAGAGGGCCUUCUACUGGACUACUUGGUGCUGCUGCCCAGUGAUUACUACGAGGCUCCCGUCCUCCAGGAGAAGAUCACCCAGCCCUGCACGUACACAUCCACCGCCAACAGAGACGCAAAUUGUCUGCUGUAUAAGCAUGUGGCGAUGGACAGGUUGAGCUCUGUGCUGGGCUCGCAGGGCCAGUUCUCCAGCCGGAGGAGACGCAGGAGGAGACAGGCCCGUGUACGCCGGCCCACACCAGACCACCCUGACAUGGCCUCUCUCACCGGGAGACAGGCCCAGUUACAGCUGAACCUGCGUGUGUCUCGCCCCGGUCCCUACAUCCUGGUCCUGGAGUAUGCCAGCGAGGUGGACACAGUCCAGAACGUCAACCUCAUCAUCAUUGGCCAAUCAGAGAGCCAGAUCCAGGCCAGAGCCAACAUCUACAGCUGCCAAUACAGCUUCCUGUGUCGGAGUGUGGUGGUAGAUGGAAUCAAUCGCAUGGCAGUGUUCCAGUUUACCCAUAAGGCCAAACUCCUUCUCCAGACCUCCACAGCCUCACUGCUGCUGUAUAAAGUGUAUGCAGUGCCUGCGGAGGAGUUCUCCAUGGACUAUGUGGACCCCAAGGUGCUCUGUGUAUCUGUCCAUGGACGCUUCACUGAGGACAGUCAGUACUGUGUUCCCAGCCAGUACGACAGGCCCUCCUCAGCUCUGGUUCUGGACGCAGCUCGUGACGGGCGCCUCUCCUCCCACUGGGUCGUCCCCCAGCAGAGGGAGAUUGAGGAGUGGAGACAGAGACGACAGUCAGGGGCAGGGGGGUUCCCUCUCCCUGGAGUUCAGAGUGAAGGGGUACUACUCAAAUCUCCCCAGACUGAGAUCAGUUUCAGUGCCAGAGUGGCAGCUCCUGGCAGGUAUGUGUUUGUGGUCCACUACUGUCAACCUGAACACACCACCUUCCCUGUAGAGGUACGGGUGGAUGCCGGACACACCUGGACCGGCUUUGUGAACGCCUCCUUCUGCCCUGGUGUCUCUUGCUGCAGGGAGGUGGUCAUCGCUGAGAGGCGCAUCGCUCUGGACCUUCCCCAGCAAGACGUGGCCAUCUCUCUCAAGGUUCCACCCGGGAAGACCCUCACUCUGGAUUAUAUCUUGGUGGUUCCUGACGAUAGUUACACCCCUGAUCUACUGAAAGAGAAGCCACUGGAUAAGUCAUCUGAUUUCACCAGGCAGUGUGAAGGACAAGGCUUUUUUAUAGACUCCAGAACCUCCUCCCAGUUCUGCCAAGACUCGGCCCGCUCCCUGGUAGCAGCCUACAGUGAUGGGGCCCUGCCUUGCUACUGUGAUAAGUCAGGAGCCACGGGGCCCACCUGUAACCCUGUAGGGGGCCAGUGUCCCUGUCGGCCCCAUGUCAUCGGUCGACAGUGUACACGAUGUGCCACAGGAUACUACGGCUUCCCUUACUGCAAACCCUGUGACUGUGGCCAGCGGCUGUGCCACGAGGUGACAGGUCAGUGUAUCUGCCCGCCCCAGACAGUGAAGCCAGCCUGUGACGUGUGCGAGAGCCAGACGUUCAGCUACCACCCUCUAGUGGGCUGUGAGGGCUGUGACUGCUCGCCCAACGGAGUCAAGGCCAUCGCAGGGAGAGACUGUGACCGCGAUACUGGACGGUGCAUGUGUAAGCCCAGGAUCGGCGGGCGGCAGUGUGACCGGUGUGCUGCAGGGUUCUACAGGUUCCCUGAGUGUCUCCCAUGUAACUGUAACCAGGGAGGGGUCACACCUGACAUAUGCCACCCAGACACAGGACAGUGCCUCUGCAAGAGAAAUGUGCAGGGAGCCCACUGUGAUGCCUGUAGAGACGGGUCCUUCCACUUUGACCCAUCCCACCCCAGGGGCUGCAUCAGCUGCUUCUGCUUUGGAGCCAACAGCCAGUGUCAGAGCUCCGGCAAACGCAGGGGGAAGUUUGUGGACAUGCGUGGCUGGCGUCUGGAGAGAGCUGACCAGGAGGAGGUGGCAUCAGUCCUCAACCCAUCCAGUAACACAGUGGUAGCAGAUGUACAGGAGCUGCCUGGCACUACUCAGCUCCUCCACUGGGUGGCGCCACCAUCCUACCUGGGAGAUAGGGUGUCUUCCUAUGGGGGCUACCUGACCUACCAGGCCAAGUCCUUUGGGAUUCCUAGUGAGGGGAUGUCAUUGAUGGACCGCAGACCUGAUGUCCUGCUCAGUGGCCAGGAGAUGGCCCUGGUCCACAUGGCCCCAAAGACCCCCGACCCAGACAGACUCCACCAGGGCAGAGUUCAGCUAGUGGAGGGGAACUGGCGUCACGCCGGCACCAACCGUCCUGUGUCCAGGGAGGAUCUGAUGGUGGUCCUGGCUGGGCUGGUGGGUCUGAGAGUGCGGGCUCUCUACUUCACCCAGAGCCAGAGACUCAGCCUGGGGGAGGUAGGCCUGGAGGAGGCUACAGACACGGGGGCCGGGGGCCCUGCCAGCACCGUGGAGCAGUGUGCCUGUUCCCCUCUCUACAGAGGAGACUCCUGCCAGAAAUGUGCCACUGGUUACUAUAGAGAUGGCAGUGGGCCCUACCUGGGUCGCUGUGUGCCCUGCUCCUGUAACGGCCUGGCCAACGAGUGUGACGAGAGGACUGGGAGGUGCCUGAACUGCCAAUACAGCACGGCUGGAGACAGAUGUGAGCGCUGCAAAGAGGGUUACUAUGGAGACGCUGCCCAGAGGUCAUGCCAGGUGUGCCCGUGCCCCUUCAGUGUGCCAGCUAACAGUUUUGCAGUUGGUUGCAGAGAGGCUGCUGGAGGGUUCCAGUGUGUUUGUAAACAAGGCUACACAGGAGACAGGUGUGAACGAUGUGCCCCUGGUUACUACGGUGAUCCAUUGACAGCUGGAGGAAGCUGUAGGCCUUGUGAUUGUAACGGCAAUGGAAACAACUGUGACUCCAGGACUGGGGUGUGCAAGAACACUUUGGAGCCAGGGGACACCAACACAGAUGAGCAGUGCCAAGUGUGUGAUAACUGCGCCCAGACCUUACUAAACGAUCUGCAGAGUCUGGAUGAGGAGCUGGGGAGAAUUAAGACUCAGCUGGAUAGCGCCAGUAUCUCCGCCUCCUCUCAGGACAGACUCAGGAAGCUGGAAAAUGCCAUCACAGAGACCAAGUCUUUGGUGAACAAGUUCAGUUCCAGUGUGAACAGUCUGAAGCCCAAGGUUAGCCAACUAGAGCAGGAAACUCUCAGUGUCAUCAAGGAUAUCAACGCUCUCAAAGGCAAGGCAGAUGACAGGGCUGUGGAUGCCCAGACAGUGCUGGGUGAUGUGGAUAAGACUCAUCUGAGAGCUAAAGACCUGGAUACUGAAGCUAAGAACCUGCUCAAGAAGAUCCUGGCCCUGCUACAGCACCUGAAAGAGUCUGGUUCCAGUGGUGGUGGGGUGCCCAAUGAGAACCUGGCUAAGAUGUUAUCUGAGGCGGAACGCAUGGUGAAGGAGAUGGAGAAGAGGAACUUCAACCCACAAAAAGAUGCAGCUGAGAAAGAGAAGGACGAGGCCCAGAAACUGCUGGACUACAUCAAGGCCAAUGUGACCAAGCAGUAUGAUCAGAAUGAGGCAGCAGCCAAUAGGGUGAAGGGCCUGCUGAAGGACUAUGAAGCUAAACUGAAGGACCUGGAGGAGGCUCUGAAACUGGCUGGGGACAUGGUGAAGAAAGCCAACACUCAGAAUGGACUCAACACAGAGGCACUGGAAGACAUACUGAAACGUAUGGAAGAUCUGAAGAAAGAGCGUAAGAAGGUCCAGGACCAGAUAGCCAUGGCAGAAGAUCAGUUGAAGGAUACAAAGUACCUCCUUAGAAGGCUGGAUGACAGCAAGACUGAGUAUGAACACCUAGCUGCCCAAUUGGACGGGGCCAGGACUGACCUCACCAAGAAGGUCAACGAUAUCUCCCAGGCAGCGGCCAAAGAGGACAUCGUGGAGCGAGCAGAGAAACAUGCUGAGAACCUGGCCAAGCUGGCCAAGGAACUACAGGAUGCUGUGAGGGACUCGAGUGGCCGCUCUGAUGUGCGUGAUGCCAUGGACGCCAUAAAGGCCUACAAGAACAUCACAGAUGCGGUGAACGCUGCAGAGAAGGCAGCCAAGGAGGCCAAGGAUGCAGCUGACAAGGCCCUAAAGGAUGUGAAGAAAGAGGACCUGACAAAGAGAGCUAAGAAUCUGAAAGACAGCGGGAACGACCUACUGAGGAAUGCAGAGGAUGCAGAAAAAGAUCUCAAAGAGGUCUCUGAUGACCUCACAGCCCAGAAGAAACGCCUGAAGGACGCAGAGAAGAAGAAGAAAGCAUUGGAGAAGGACCUGAUGGAUGCUCAGGCAGAGCUGAACAACAUCAUGAGAGAUGAUAUAGGGGAGAUGUUGGACGAGGCGAAGAGGGAGGCAGCGUCAGCCAAUGACACGGCUAGCACCACCAUGGACAGACUGAAUGCCAUCAGAGAGGAAGUGGAUAAGAUCAACGUCAUGCCCUCCGACUCCAACCUCAGCAGCGUCAUGGAUGAUGUGGACAAGUCAGUGAGGAAUCUGUUGAACACAAUCCCGUCUCUGCAGGAUAAGAUCUUGGAGGUGGAAGAGCUCAGCUCUCAGCUGUCCCCCGUCACCAACAUCUCAGAGAACAUCAAGAGGAUCAAGGAGCUCAUCGAGCAGUCUAGAGACGCAGCCAACAGGGUUGUGGUCCCUAUGAAGUUCAGUGGUGAGGGCCACGUGGAGCUGCGUCCCCCCAGGGACAUGGAGGACCUGAAGGCAUACACUGCCCUGUCCCUGUCCUUGCAGAGACCAGUGAACCCCGACAUCGGCAGAGGGGAUGGAACACGCAGACGCAGACAGGACACCACCACCACAGACAAAGGAGACAUGUUCGUACUCUACCUCGGCAACCAAGACUCAUCUAAAGACUACAUUGGCAUGGCCCUGAGGAAGAAUGUGCUGUUCUGUGUGUACAAGCUGAGCGGAGAAGAGUAUGAGAUUAAGACAGACUACAUCACUAGGUCUCUCUCUGAGCCUGCCUUCUUUGACAAGGUGGACCUGCACAGAAUUUACCAAGACGCACAGGUGAUCCUCACCAAACUGUUCACAUCCAACGAGCCGGACCUUCCUCAGGCCAGCAGUAAGCAGGGAGAGCUGACCAGGAACCUUCUAAACCUGGACCCUAGUGACGUGGUCUUCUAUGUCGGGGGCUACCCCGCCCAAUUCACUCCUCCAGCCUCCCUCAACUACCCCAACUAUAAAGGAUGCAUCGAGCUGUCCACCUUCAACGACAGAUUCAUCAGUCUGUACAACUUUAAGAAGGCUGUCAAGAUCAACCUGGAGACUCCGUGCAAGAGGUAUGUCCAGCCAGUGGUUUAUGACUACUUUGAGGGGACUGGCUAUGCCAAGGUGUCCACCCAAGGUGUCAUGGUGCCCACCCUCCUCCUGAGCCAGACCAUCUCCACUCGCUCAGAGAAUGGGCUUCUCCUCUACAUUGGAAAUGAGGACAACUACUACAGUGUGACGUUUGAGAGAGGCUACGUUGUCAUCCAUAGUAACCUGCUCCGAGAGCCGGCACGAAGCACUACCAAAGUCUUCCCAGUGGUUGCAGAUUCAGCAGAAGUGUUGAUCAUCAUGGAGUCUAAAGGAAGCCAAGAGAUGAAGAUCCGUGUAGCAACCAAUGAGGUGGUCAAGGCUAAUGUUCAGUACACCCCUGGAGGCUUCACAGACUACUACAUCGGUGGCCUACCACAAGCCCUGAGAGAAAAACACAACAUCACCACCCAGCCACUGAAGGGCUGCAUGAAGAACGUCAAGCUCAACAGCAAGUACCCCACCUUCCAGGAAAAAGUUGGCAUCAGCCGGGGCUGUCCCAAGGACUUCCUGGCAUCUCGUAAAGCAGAGUUCAAUGUGGGCAGUUCUCUGUCAGCUGCUCUUAAAGGCUUCAGCCUGGCCAAUGAUGUCACAGUCUCACUGGGAUUCAAGAGCUCUGAGAAAGAGGGGCUUCUACUGCAGAACACCGAGUCGAGCAUUGGUGCCAUCGAACUUGCCUUGGUCGACGGCUACGUGGUUCUGACAUUCAAAGACGAAGUUUGGAAAUCUUGGAAAUCAAGCAAGCAGUACCAGGAUGGCAAAUGGCAUUACCUGACUGCCACCAGAAGAGUGUCUCCUCAAAGUAUCACGCUGCGGAUAGAUGAGGAUGAUAUGGGAGGGCAGAUAACCUUAGGCUCCUUCAGGUCAAACCCAGACUCUGUGUUCCUGGGGAAAGACACCUUCAAAGGCUGCCUCUCCAACCUCUAUUUGAGAAGGCCUGAAUCUCUGUACAUAGCAGAAGACCUGAGUCAGUUCAGCUCUACAGGAGAUGUGCUGCUGGAUAUGUGCAAUGCUGACAGACCUCCUCAACUGAUGCUUGAUCGCAACACCUCCAGGAAGGAUGUUGGUAUGGAGGUGUCAGAUGACAGUCUCUCUGUGUGUGCACAUCCUGCCCUGGUCAAACAUGCUUACCACAUUGGGGGCACUGUGAGUAGCCUGAGCUACAGCUUCACUCCCCAGGCACUCCAGCCCAGACCUCAUUUCUCCCUGGACGUGAGGACCAAGUCUGCCAAAGGCCUGCUGUUCUAUGCAGCCACCAGAGGGGGGAGCUCUCACAUGGCUCUCUACCUGUCCAAGGGCAGGAUCAGACUGUCAGUAGACAAGAGGAGGGAGAUCUUCAACAGGGAGAAGUACAACGAUGGAAAGUGGCACUCGGUAAUAUUCAGCCUAGAGAAGAAGAAGUUCAGGUUGGUAGUGGACGGUAUCAGGGCUCAAGAUGGACAGCUGACCAGUGAUGAGGCCACCUCCAAGGAAUUGAUCUCUCCUCUUUACAUGGGAAGUGCUCCUGAUUCCUUGAACAAAGAACUGAAGUGGAAGCUCCUCCCAAGGCUAAGUGUGAUUGGCUGUGUGCGUAACUUCAAGAUGAAUGGCACUCCCAUGCCAGAGCCAACCAUGAAUCAUGGUGCUGGUCCCUGCUUUGACGGACAGGCACAGAGUGGGGCCUACUUCUCAGGGAGAGGGGCAUAUGUCAUUAUCAAUGAUUCCUUUGUGGUGGGCUCCAGCUUCGAGGUGGUGUUUGACAUCCGUCCCAGGAGUCUGACUGGUGUUCUGCUCCAUGCGGGGGACUCCAGCAGGCCUCGCCGUGGGCCCAACGCUGGACACCACCUCAGCCUCUACAUGCACAGAGGAGAGGUGGUGGCACGGGUGAACAAUGGAGCUGGUGAAUUCAACGUGUCCGUCCGGCCCAAGCAGCCCUUGUGUGACGGAAUGUUCCACAGAGUUGCUGUGAUCAAGAGGAACAACGUUGUGGAGAUGCAUGUGGACACCGAGGGUGACCACAAAAUAGGACCGUCCUCCUCGUCCUCUACUCUAACCAAAGACCCUCUCUAUGUGGGCGGCAUUCCAGAGAUGUCCAUGCACCUGACCCUCCCUGUCACAGGGUCCUUCGAGGGCUGCAUCCAGAACAUGAAGAUCAACGAGGACCCGGUCUCCUUUAAGAAGCUCUCUGGGGUGUUCGGUCCAGUCAACCUCAGAGAGUGUCCUGCUGGCUGAGUAGUCCAUGACCACAUCCUGGGACUACGUCCACUGUCUACUGGCCGCCACGUGCAAUCUAUUACAAAGACAGAGAAUAUGUGUGUGAGAGAAAGCAUGUGUGUGUGUGUGUGUGCGCACUCGCAUUUGUGUUGGUAAAUAUAGGAGCGGCUCAGAGAUUCAUGUGUGUUGCUCUGUAUGAGGAAACUAAAGAUAAAGAGAGAUGAGCUAGUCUGUAGUGUUAUCGCUAUUGUAUAUUUAUUUUGUGAUAAAUGUGUUUAUUAUCACCGUCUUUGUUAUUGAAUAUAUUAUAAUAUUCUAAUGUUGUACCAUCUGGGUUAGACAUGUCUGUUUCCCCCCAUUAGGCUCUUCCUUUGUAUUUCCUGUCCUCCUCCCCCAUAGUAUACAAAAGCUUUCCUUAGACUUUAGAGUGGAUGUGGUGUGUGUUUGGUCAGCAUUGCAUCAUGGCCAGCAAAUAUAAGCAACCCUGCACUUUAAAAAACAAAUGCCAUGUUGACCAGUUAACAAAGAAAAUGUCAGUCACAACAAUGGACUCUACAAUGGUAUUACGAUUUAAAUUACCAUUCUGUAUCUCUUGUGACAUGUAAUGUUGAACUCAUCCAUUUUUGUGUGUAGGGCCUACAAUAAUUACAUUGGGAUAUUUUCUUUACGUGAAUGUUGUCUGUUAUCAGAAUAAUUUUUAAUCAUCAAUAUGAAUCCGGAAUUGUCAAUUCUUUGGAAAAAGCAAGACAUUUUCUCUCAGUAGAUUAGUCUCGAAAAUGAUAUUAAACAGAAUUGGGACCACUGAGAAAUGUACCCCCCCAAAAAAGAAAUUGCUCUCAGUUUUCUCACAUACAAGUGGAUAUACCUCAGACUAAGCUAUGUAUAUAAUUGUGUAUAAUGCUUGAUGACUAUUUUCCAUAAUGAAACAUUCAGUGUAAAUGUUGUAUUCACUGUUGACAGUUACACCAGCUACCAUUUACUUUACACUUGGCCACCCUUUAUUGUACAUGUAUGCAUUCCUGCCUUUUUACCACUGAUAUCAUUCAACAUUUGUGAGUGGGUUAAUCAUGUCUGUCCAUCUGUCUGUCUUCAUUGCCUAUUUAUGUGAGUUUUGAAUGCUUGUAAUUCUUUUGAACUUGGUGUUUACAUUUUAUGUGUAACCUUUUAAUAAAAUACAGCAGAAAUCA